AUGAGAGAUACCAAUCAGACACAGGUGACAGAAUUCUUCCUUCUGGGACUCUCUGACAACCCACACACUCAGCAGCUACUAUUCAUCUUGUUCCUGGGUGUUUACCUUGUCACUGUGGUUGGAAAUCUGCUUCUCGUGUCCCUUGUACUGGUUGACUCCCUGCUUCACACACCUAUGUAUUUCUUUCUCUGCAAUUUAUCUCUGGCUGACCUCUGUUUCUCUACCAACAUUGUUCCUCAGGCCCUUGUCCACCUGCUAUCCAGAAAGAAAGUCAUUUCAUUCACACAUUGUGCAGCUCAACUUCUACUCUUCCUUAUUUUUGGGGCUACCCAGUGUGCCCUUUUGGCAGUGAUGUCUUAUGAUCGGUAUGCAGCCAUCUGUAACCCUUUGCAUUACUCCAGCAUCAUGACUUGGAGGGUGUGUUUCCUGCUGGCUGUGGGAUCAUGGACCACUGGCAUUCUAGUGGCUGUGGUGGAUACCUCCUUCACACUAAGGCUACCCUACAGAGGCAGCAAUAGUAUUGAACAUUUCUUUUGUGAGGCACCUGCGCUGUUGAGCCUGGCAUCCACAGAUGCCUGGACUGCAGAGAUGGCCAUUUUUCUCAUGGGGGUUGUGAUUCUCCUCAUACCUGUUUCCUUAAUCCUGGUAUCCUAUGGCCACAUCAUAGUGACUGUGGUCAGGAUAAAGUCAGCUGUGGGACAACUCAAGGCAUUUUCUACCUGUGGCUCCCACCUCCUGGUGGUUAUUCUUUUUUAUGGUUCAGCAAUUGUCACCUACAUGACACCAAAGUCCUCAAAAGAACAGAAAAAACUGCUGUCUGUCUUCUAUGCAAUGGUGACACCCAUGCUUAAUCCCCUCAUCUACAGCCUGAGGAACAAGGACGUGAAGGGAGCUCUGAGGAAAGUGGGUACAAGGAAUUUUCCAUGCAGGGUCUGA